ACCGCCUAGGAAGCGGGGACCCUGCCUGCCCCCUCCCUUCCUCGGGGGAAGGGGGCGGAGGAGGAGGGCCGGGAGGCCACCGCGGGGAGAGGGUGGGUCGUCUCCGCGCUGGGCGUGGGCUGGGCGAGGUUCCCCGGCCCACCGGGACCCGCCGACAAUGGCCAGUUGUGGAAGGAGGCGGCAGGAAUGCAGCCGGGGGAGUCGGGCGGCGGGGCGGGGGCUGCGGCCGGGGGGCGGGGCCGGGGCGCAGCGGCAGCGUCUUACCUGUCCAGGUAGUUCGCAUUUCUCGGCGAGCGGCGGCGCCCCCAGCACCUGUCGCCCGGUGCGCGGGCGGGGAGGACGGCGCGGGGCAUGGCCUGGUAGAGGCCCCCGGGGAGACGGCCCGGAGUCCAGUCCCGAGCAGGGCAGGCGAGGGAGGGACGGUCCUCCCCCGGCGCCCGCGCGGCCGGCGGCAGCAUGAAAAAGAACCCGACGGUGCAGGGCACUUUCAGCAAACUCUUCGGCAAGAAGCAUGCCAACCCGCCCGCCACCUCCCUCUACGCCACCAACCCCCCCUGGAUCUUCACCCAGGAGGCUCCGGAGGAGGGGACCCGGGGCUUCGAUGGGAUCUAUUAUGGAGACAACCGGUUUGACACCGUGAGUGAGUCGGGAACCGCCACGCUGAAAGCUCGGCCAAGGGUCCGGCCCCUGCUCACUUUUCUUCCGCUGGAUGCCCAGGAGAACCAUGGACUGGCUGUACCCACCCCCUGUGUGCCAGACAACUUUGCAGACAAACAAGUGACAGGCACCAGCACGCUCGUCAAUGGCAACCUCCGACUAUACAGCUCUGUGGGGGACCUAAGGCCUGGACAGUAUGGCCAGGACUUACUCAUCCCCCCACCUCCCCCGGGCCCGGCGCCGGCGCCGCCCCUGGGCACCCUGCAGCCUCCAGAGGAGCUCUCACCGCCACCUCCACCCUCCACAGCUCCCCCGCCUCCCCCCCUGCUGGAAUCACUGCACCCACCCCCACCCAGCACAGCCCCAGCUCUGCCCCCAGGAAUGGGGGCCCUUUCCCCCGCCCCCACCGUUUCCUCCCCAUCCACACCCACGCCUCCUGACUUCAUUCCGCCCGCCCCACCCCAGGCCGUUCAAGCCCCACCUCCACCCCUCGUGCCAACCCCGACACCCCCAGCCCCAGGGUCUCCCCAUGCCGUGGGGACCCGCCUCUUCCCCGCUGGGGGUGUCACCAAGUGGAAAUCGGAAGUAACGCUGAAUGGCAGGCAGCCUGACGCCCCCAGAAGCAGCCCCCCCAGGAGCCCUGCUGAGCCCAAGGGGGGCCUCCUGGGUCCGGAGUCCCACCUCACCUUCCCCCGGUCAUUCAAGGUGCCUCCCCCAACGCCAGUCAGGACUUCGUCCAUCUCCAUUCCAGAGGUACAAGGGGCUCCUCCUGAGGACGAAGAGCCCACCAAGAAGGGCCCCAGUCGACCCUCACUGCCUCCCAGCUUCCAGAUCCGCUCCGCGUGCCAGGCCUACCCAGACAGGGCUUCUGAGCUAGUGCACCCCGAGGAGCCCGGCGCUGUGGCACCGGCUGGCCCGAGGCCGGGCCAGCCUCAGGUCCAGAGCAGUGAACAAGCCGAGACGCCACCUCCAGCCCCUCCCCUGCCCCCUCCUGCACCCCCGCUCCCUCCGCCAGCACCCCCGCUGCCCCCAGCCGCCCCUCCUCUGCCAUCUGCCGAGAAGGCAGCCCCUCCACCUGCUGGGUUGAUGAAAAGACCCAAGGCUAGCUCUCCUGCUCCCAAACCCAAACCUGACCCCCCGAGCCCGGAGGAGACAGCCUCUUCGGAGCCCAUGGACUGGCGGGAUCCCAGCCAGAUGGCAAAGCUGCGGGACGAGCUGUCAGCCUAUCUUUGCGGCUCCAGGAGAGAGGACCGGCUCGCCAGUCACAGACCAGGUCCAGCGGCAGCCUCUCAGGGAAGGGAGGACCACAAGUGUCCCAGCCUGCCAGCGAAAGAGGCGCCCCCGAGUCUGUUACAGAAGGAGGCGCCCCCAAGCCUGCCAGAGAAGGAGGCCCCUUCAAGCAUUCCUGAGGAGAGUCCCUGCAGCCGGCCAAAGAAGGAUGCUACCAGCCUGACCCUCCCUCCUGUGGAUUACCUCCCCCAAGACGCACCAACUCCUAGUGUCUGGGAGAUCCGGAAGAAGCUGGAGGCCCAGCUUUCCUCAUCAGCUGAGAAGGAGGCCAGGCCCAGCAGAGGCUCUCUGCCUCCCAAACCUCAGCCAGAAGGGGGAAGAAUCUUUGGAAACAGAGUUGAUAACGGCAAAUUCUCCAAGCCUGUGGCCAAGAAUCUCCCACCUCUAUCCACCACCCCUCUGCCAAACACACCACUCCAGUCCAAGGUCACACCCGGACCAGCCACCCCAUCCAAGGCCACGCCUGGGCCAGCCACCCCACCCAAGGCCACGCCCGGACCAGCCACACCACCCAAGGCCACGCCCGGACCAGCCACACCACCCAAGGCCACGCCCGGACCAGCCACACCACCCAAGGCCACGCCCGGGCCAGCCACACCACCCAAGGCCACACCUGGACCAACCACACCACCCAAGGCCACACCUCUACCCAUCACAUCUUCCCAACUGAUAGCAGAAAAGAACCUGGUCGCAGCUGGGCAGUGGGAGAAGCCAGAACAUGAAGAACUUGCAGUGCCCUCCAAGCCAGAGGUAGAGGGGCACUCCUCAGAGGCCAGUAAGCCUCCUACACAGGGAGCCCGCUCAUCUCCAGCCUUCCCCUCAAAGAUAUCACCUGGGCGAGAAGAGGCGCCGUGUUUCUACAAGCCUCAUCGCAGCCAGAACAGCCCCAGCAGAGAGGUGGCUGUGGUGACGCCCACCCUGUCCAGAGGAGAGGCUGCAGGGUCAGGCAAGCCUGUGGAGGGGAAGGAGCCCCAGGAGCUGCCGCCCAAGCCCCCAGCCUCACCCCAGGCUGCUGACGAGCUCCUCAGGCACCCGGUGACGGGGGAGGUGGUGGAGCGGGGCUCCCCGAUGGCCCUGCUCCUUGCAGCCAAGCAGAGGGCCCAGAAGGGGAGGCCCAGGGGGGCUGCCCUGGGCCAGUCCUCCCUGCCAGGGAGUGUCCGAGGCCCCAGCCAGCCCGAAGCAGGCUCUGAUACCAUCUUGUACAACGAGGGCCAGCCCAACUCCUUCACUGUGGUCCCUAAGGUGUCCAAGGAGACUGGGAAUGUCCCCCAGCUAACCUCGCCAGGACAGCCCAAAGGACUCCGUCAGUGGGAACCCCAGCCCCGCAGGGACCCAGAGGGCACGGAGUCGGGCCGCGGGCCCAGCUGGACAAAGGUGGAGCCCCGGGCCUCGGCGGCCUGGGAGAGACCAGAGCCCUCCAGCCUCCUCCAGGGCCGCCUCCUGCCCAAGUCUUUCUCUUCCCCUCCUUCUCCUUCCCACAAACCGGAGGAAGACAAGGAGGAGGAGUUAAACUUUGAGGUCAUCCCACCACCGCCAGAAUUCAGCAAUGACCCCGAGCCCCCGACCGCCCCCUUUCAGUAUCUGGGGCGCCGGAGUUCCCCUCCCCGGAACAAUUUCUCAGACUUGGGGCAGCUCGCCAACGCGGGCCCACCUCGCAGCUUCUCUCACUUCUCCGCCGAUCCAGGUCCGGCCCGGGGCCUGGAGCGCUUCUCGGGCGGGGGCGGGGGUCGCUCGCUCAUCAAGAAGCGCCUUUACGUCGGGGAGCCCCACCGCUACCCCGGGCCGCCCCGCGGCGCCACCGGCCGCAGCCUGAGCUCCCCCAACUGCUUCGGGCCGCAGCCCGGGGGCCCCUUUGCAGCGCCCAGCGGCCCCGAGAUGCGGCGCGUCAACUCGGCGGGCCGCGGGCCCCCCGGCGGCCUGCACUCGCGGAAGAUGUCCCUGGAGGGCGCCCCUCGCGGAGAGACCAAGUACAAAGCUCUCGGCGGCGGCGGCGGCGGCGGCGACUACGGCUGCGCCCCGGCUACCGCUACCGGCAGAGUCCCCGUGUGGGGUGGGGGAGAGCUGAGUGGUCCUUGAGUGCUGAGAUUUCCCAUCACCGAGAUGCAUCCAGAGCCAGGUCUCCCCACAACAACACGCACUACGGAAUCUCCAUCAACACAUUCACUGUGAGGCCUGGGACCCGCCAUCCCAUCUCCUAUGCCUACUCAGGGGCCCAUUGGAAGGCCCCGUCCUGAGCUCAGGGUUUUCUCAGCUGUCCUCCAAGGGGUCGGAUCCGGGCGCUUGUUUUGGUGGGGUUGGGAGGGAUGCAACUGGUGUUAGGUAGCCUCACUCAGACACAGAAGAGUCUUUGUUUCCCAAAGACAGACAGACGGACAACGAGUGAAACAGUGGCCCCAGGAAGAUCAGGAUUGGACUUCUGUUUCCCAAAGCCUUGGUGUGGCUGUGGGCUGUCUGCAGAGGAGGGUGGGAGGGAGGAGGAGGGAGAAGAGAAGGAACUUUUAAGGACCCGGAGCCUGAGUUUUCACUGUCUGGGACUAUUUGCCUUAGCAGGGCUUACUGAAAGCAGUUUUCCAAGCAGCCCUGCUGAGCAGGUUCUAAAAGCAAGGGCAGGGGCAUUGGCUCUGAAUGGGAACCCAAUGGGAACCCAUCAGAAUGGCUGUGGUUGUUGGUCAGGUUCUCAUGAGGGGCUGGGGACCAGCCCUAUCUGGGUGGGGGUGCAGGGUGCUACAGGUUGAUCUCAGCUUCCACCUGCCCACCAGUUGCCAAUCCAGAGGUGAUACCUAGAGUUGCUGGUAUGAAAGCCACAUUGAGGUGGGACCAGGAAUAUGCAGGCACAAGUGGGGGAGGUACCAGAACAAAGUGCUUUGCACUGACCAUGAGUGGGGAUGGGGGAAUUGGAGGUUCAUUUCUCCCUGGCCUUGAGCUACAGAAGGGCCUAGAGAGGGAAGACUUGGCAAGUUUGGGAUGGAAGACACAGGGUGGAGGCUUGCUUUUCUACUCAGACCCAGGUAGCCAUGAUUUAGGGGGUUGGGGCCAAGGAGCUAGAGAGCCUGGGGCUUGACACCAAAGGCCUUGAGUGAUGGUCAGGUCCUGUAUGGGAUUUGGAGGGGCAUCAUCCCAACCACCCCUCCCAGCCCCAGUACUACAGGUCCCCAAUAUUAUCGAGGCCUUGGGAUGUGUAACCAAGAUGCCAGAAGGCCUUGGAGAGUAGAAAGUGACAGAGAUGGGAAUAGAGGUCUAAGAAGAGUUUGCUGCGAGUAGGGACCGUGAUUUGGAAAGUCAAGAGUGCAGGACCAGGCCCGUUCAGAGCAGAGAAACCUGAUCAGUAGGGUGACCAUUUGUUCUUCGGUGGGAAGUCUGGGUUUAGGCCUGCUUUCCAGUUAAUUAGAACCCCUUCCACUUUCAAAAAACAGCCCUGGUGUAGAUGAUGUCUGGCCAUCAGACAUAUCAGAGAACAGUAUUCCUUGGUCCAUCUUGUCUUCAGGUCUUGGUGGAUUGAACUCCUGGGGCCAGGCCAAGGCAGGCUACCUGGGUGAGGGAAUAGGGCAGGGGGUGCCCGCCUCAGAGGAGCAGGCUGGCGGGGGCACCCAGGAAGCAUUUCCCUUUGGGGGCACGAUGUUGGACCUCUGUGAUGUGUGCUAACCACUGACAGUAUACCAGGGUGGGGGGUAGCAGAGGACCACUUCAGGGAAAGAGUGCUGGGGUGGGCAGGUGCUCUGAUGGGGCAGGAUCUGGUUACGGUGUCUAAAAAGCCAGCCGCAUCCCAGUGCCAGCACUGGCUCUAUAUAUAUGUAUGUAUUUCCCCCUGUACAAUGUUUUUUACAAGAUUUCACUAAUUUAUCUGCUGUGUUAAGGCUUGAGGGGUGGGCUGUGGACUCCUAGCUGUAUCUUGCUCUGGGGUUGGCAGGGAAGGACUGAUUCUCUCUUGGCUUGGAAAUACACAGGCCAGUCUGGAUGGCCUCCAGUCCUGUGGCUGCGGAUUGAUGACUGGGACGUACUGGGCUGUGAUGAGAGGUUGGGGAAGUGAACUGAGCCGGGAAAGGCCGAGCACAGGGUGGUGGCUGAACUGGAGCCAUCAUGCUGGGCCUAACUCUCUCUUCUGACCCUUAGGUUUUCUCAUUCUCCAAGUCCUUUCAAGGGGAGGGAGUAGAGCUGAAGUCUGGUGAUAACAGACUGUGCCCCAAAGCAAAUCUCUGAGUCUCUGAACCUCAGUUUCUUCCGUACAAUGGAUAUGAUAACCUACCUCAUGAGGCUGUUGUGACGACUAGAGACAGUCAUUUAACAGGGAUCUGAGUGGCCACGAGAUAGCAGGCACUGUGCUUAGCACCGAUACACAGCCAUCAACAUUCACACGCCUCCUACCCAUGGCAAGACUAGUCUCGUGGAGGAGAGAGAAUGGAAGGAACGCAUAGAAACAGCCUCUAUUAUAAAGAAUGGUAGGGAGGGGAAAAAACAGGGACUAUGAGAAUAACUGGAGGGUGGGGGAGAGGAGUGGAUUGACUUUGACUGCCUGGUCAGGGGGAGGCCUCUUGAAAGGGUGCCGUUUAUGUGAUCCAAGUCAAGCAUCCAACAUAUAUCUGGUACUCAGUAAUUGCUCAAUAAACUGCAUCUUGUGUGUGGC